UUUGCAGGCACAGAAAAUAUAUAACGAAACUUUACGAGUAGCUUUCUAAAAUUAUUUAACGAAAUUUCGUGGCGAUGUAUAAAUCCUUAAAAGAUCCUUUUGUAAUACAACAUGAUGGAUUUGAUUUUAAAUUUGAUUUUGGCGAGCCAAGUCAAUUCGCGAAAGAUGUGGCUAGAACGGAACUUCGAGAAACUCCCGAAAAUGUGGAGAAUGGCUUGAAAGAAUUACGUCGGCUAUUGAGAGAUGAGCCCAACUUACACUGUCCUUUGGAACAUGAUUUAUGGCUAAUGAGUUUCUUAAGACUAGCUCACUUUUAUCCGGAGGAAGCCCUAAAGAAGAUACAAAAUUUUUAUAAAUAUCGCCUCAAGUAUCCGGAAAUAUGCGAAAAUUUGAAUUUGUCUGCAAUAAAAGAGUACUUGGAAGGCUAUCAUGGAUCUAUGUUGCCACAGCGGGAUCAAUGUGGAAGGCGUAUAUAUUUAGGUCUAUGUGGCAAAUAUUGGAAUCACAAAAAAUGGCAUAGAGAUUACUCACUGAAAUCUUUUUUAAUGCAUUCUGAAUAUCUGAGAUGCGAACCAGAAACCCAAAUUUGCGGCAUACACAUAAUAGUGGAUAUGGAUAGCUUAACAGUACGCCAAGCUUUGCUUAUUACUGUGCGCUAUCUUCAAUGUCUGGUAGAGUUAGUCCAGAGUGGCAUGGGCAUUCGUAUCAAGGGUUUCCAUGUACUUAAUCAGCCACAAAUAACAAAUGUCAUCUAUUCGCUGGCUAAGCCUUUUAUACAGGAGAAAUUUGUUUCUCGCAUUUAUUUUCACGGCAAAGAUAUGACAUCGCUGCAUCGCCAUAUAUCACCAGAAUGCUUGCCCAAAUGUUACGGUGGAACACUGCAGGAGGCAAAACAAUCAUACGGUCCUCAAGUCUAUGAAUUGUUUAAGAGAUAUGAGCAAGAUUACCAACAAUUUGCUCAAUAUGGUUAUAGAAAAUAAAAGAUUUGAGAUUUUUGUUGUUACAAAACUAAGAAAAUAAAAUUGCAGAGUAAAGUUUGUAUGGGACGAAA